CCGAUGAUCGGGCACUCGGGCUACAAUGUUCAAUCGCUGGUAUUUGCCGUGAGCCUCCUGUUUAAGAGGCUUCGCCCCUGGUGCCUACAGUAUUUGAAUCGCCUCCCUGCCGUUCAGCUUCAGAGAGAUUCGUUCCGUUUUCCCACUCUCCUACCCCCUUCUCUGCCUCCCCCCUUCUCCGACGGGCUAUCAAUUGUCACAAAAAUUCCCCCGUCACCCGGUGCUCAGCCAUCAGCCACUUACACGAAGCUCUCAGGAGCCGAGAUACUCUGCAAGCUCCCCUGAGCAUCCCGCAACCUGCUUCAACCGCCACAUUGCAACCCACAACUCAAUUGAUCCAUCAUGCCUGGAGCAGAGGGGCAACCGCAGACUCUCUACGAUAAGGUGCUGCAGGCACACAUCGUGGAUGAGAAGUUGGACGGCACAGUUCUCCUCUACAUUGACAGACAUCUUGUCCAUGAGGUGACAUCUCCCCAGGCCUUUGAGGGUCUGGAGAAGGCCGGACGUCAGGUCCGCAGGCCUGACUGCACCCUGGCCACCACCGACCACAAUGUCCCAACCACCACCAGAAAAGCCCUCAAGGACAUCGCCAGCUUUAUCGAGGAGGACGACUCAAGGGUACAAUGCGUCACCCUGGAGGACAAUGUCAAGAAGUUCGGUCUCACCUACUUUGGCCUGAGCGACAGGAGGCAAGGCAUCGUCCACGUUAUCGGCCCCGAGCAGGGCUUCACCCUCCCCGGCACCACAGUCGUCUGUGGUGACAGCCAUACCUCAACCCACGGUGCUUUUGGGUCCCUCGCUUUCGGCAUUGGUACCAGUGAGGUUGAGCACGUGCUCGCAACACAAUGCUUGAUCACAAAGCGAAGCAAGAACAUGAGGAUACAGGUCGACGGAGAGCUGGCCCCCGGCGUCAGCUCCAAGGACAUCAUCCUCCACGCCAUUGGCAAGAUUGGAACCGCCGGCGGCACCGGUGCCGUCAUCGAGUUCUGUGGUUCUGCCAUCCGGAGCCUCAGCAUGGAGGCCCGUAUGUCUAUCUGCAACAUGUCCAUCGAGGGUGGUGCGAGAGCCGGCAUGGUCGCCCCCGAUGACAUCACCUUCGAGUACCUCAAGGGUAGGCCUCUGGCCCCCAAGUACAACUCUCCGGAGUGGCACCGUGCCGUCGCCUACUGGAAGAGCCUGCAGUCCGACCCAGGUGCGAAGUACGACAUCGACGUCUUUAUCGAUGCCAAGGACAUCAUCCCCACGGUGACUUGGGGUACCAGCCCCGAGGACGUCGUGCCCAUCACCGGCAGCGUUCCCGACCCCGAGAGCUUCAGCACCGAGUCCAAGAAGGCGGCCGCACGUCGAAUGCUCGAGUACAUGGGCCUCACCGCUGGCACCCCAAUGGAGGAUGUCGUUGUUGACAAGGUCUUCAUUGGCUCCUGCACGAAUUCCAGAAUCGAGGAUCUGCGCGCUGCUGCGUCAGUAGUCAAGGGCAAGAAGAUUGCUAGCAACAUCAAGAGGGCCAUGAUCGUUCCGGGUUCAGGAAUUGUCAAGGACCAGGCCGAGGCCGAGGGAUUGGACAAGAUCUUCACCGAAGCUGGAUUUGAGUGGCGCGAGGCCGGGUGCAGUAUGUGCCUCGGCAUGAACCCCGACAUUCUGUCACCCAAGGAGCGCUGUGCAAGCACCAGCAACCGCAACUUUGAAGGUCGCCAGGGAGCUCAAGGGCGAACACAUCUCAUGUCUCCAGUCAUGGCUGCCGCCGCCGCUAUCGUUGGCAAGCUGGCUGACGUGAGGAAGCUGACUGAGUACCAGUCCAGCCCCCAUAUCGAGGCAUUCAAGGCAGCACCGGAGCCUCCUCAACACGACGAGAACCUGUCUGGCGAUGAAUCGGACAAGGACAACCUCGCCGACAUCCCCAAGGACGACAACGGGCCCCACACCAACACUGCUGCUGCUGGUGGCUCAUCCACCGGCCUCCCGAAGUUCACCAACCUGAAGGGCAUUGCUGCUCCCCUGGAGCGGUCUAAUGUCGACACCGAUGCCAUCAUUCCUAAACAAUUCCUCAAGACAAUCAAGAGGACCGGGCUAGGUUCUGCUCUGUUCUACGAGUUGCGCUUCCACCCAGACGGACAGGAGAACGCCGACUUCGUCCUCAAUCAGGAGCCAUACCGGAAUGCCAAGAUCCUCGUCGUCACUGGACCCAACUUCGGGUGCGGUAGCUCUCGUGAGCACGCCCCCUGGGCCCUGAAUGACUUCGGCAUCAGGUGUGUCAUCGCGCCCUCGUUCGCCGACAUCUUCUUCAACAACACCUUCAAGAACGGCAUGCUACCCAUUCCUAUCAAGGACCAAGGCCACCUCGACGCCAUCGCCGCCGAAGCCCGUGCCGGCAGGGAAGUGGAGGUCGACCUGCCGAACCAGACCAUCAAGGACGCUUCCGGCAACGUCAUUUGCAGCUUCGACGUCGAGGAGUUCAGGAAACACUGCCUGGUCAACGGUCUCGACGACAUCGGGCUGACCCUGCAGAUGGAGGACAAGAUCUCCGAGUUCGAGAAGAAGAUGACGCGCGAGACGCCGUGGCUCGACGGCACCUCGUACCUCAAGAGGAAGGGCCAGGGCGGCAAGCUCGCUGCGAAGGCUGUCCCCGUCCCGACCACAAAUCGUGGCGAGGAGAAGAAGGAGCCGCUGGAGUGGUAGUUUCACAGACUGCUAUUUUGUUUCACUGUUUGGGCGUUACAAUGUCUGGAACGACAUGCGGUUAAAAUGUUUAUUUGGCGAGCCCACGGGCCACAUGUUGUGAAAACCGCAGGCCCAUCAUCAUUCCUGUCGGUGUUUCUGAGUGGAAAAUCACAAAAGGAUUAUUUAGCGACCCCUGGAAACGGGGAGUAAUGAAUACGUGUGACGUUCAA